GGCUGCUAGGCCAUCCUGGGCGCUGCAGGAAGCAACAUGACUUAGGUGGCUCUGCCCGGAGGUGCACCAGCCAUGACACCGCAGCCGCAGGUGGAGACAGAUGCCAUCGGGGCCGGCGAGGGGCCGCAGCGGGCCGCGCCCUGGUCGGCCUGGGCCACGCGUCAGGCCUGGGUGCGCUGGUGCCUGUGCCACGUGCCUCAGAGCUGGGCCCAGUGGUGGGCCACGUCGGGCUGGCGGCAGCCACUCCAGCGUGUGCUGUGGGGGCUGGAGGGGAUCCUCUACCUGCUGCUGGCGCUGAUGCUGUGCCACGCGCUCUUCACCACGGGCUCCUACCUGCUGAGCUCCCUGUGGCCCGUCGUGGCCGCCGCAUGGCGCCAUCUGCUGCCAGCCAUCCUGCUGCUGGUGCUCAGCGCCCUCCCCACCCUGCUUUUCACCGCCUCCUUCCUGCUGCUUUUCUCCACGCUGCUGAGCCUCGUGGGCCUCCUCACCUCCAUGUCUCACCCAGACUACACUCAGGACUUGGACCAAUAGAAGGGCAACCCCAUCCCGCUGCCUGUGUCUGUUGAGCCCUGGCCUAGGGCCUGAGGCCCCAGGGAGGGGGAGGGCAGUGGCUUCAGCAGGCCCCAGACCCCACCCCCUCAGGCCCCCCAGCCCCGCCCCUGCCCCGUCCCUAGCACUGCUCGGGCCAGGCAUGAUGUGGCCUAGAGCUGGCCGGGUAGACCGGCCCGACCUCUGGCCAACUCCCUCAAGCCGAUGCUCCAGGUCCUCAGUGUGGGGCAUCGGGGGCUUUGAGAAGAAGGGGCAGGGCAGAAGAGGGAGCCAGGGGCAGAGCGUGGCCAAGCCGCCGAGAGUUCCCACAAGGGUGUGGUGACACCACCAGGGCUCCCUUGGCAACUGGCAGCUGCUUUUCCUCACAGAUGCUCAGCUGUCUCAGCCGCAGACUCAUUGAGAACUUCUAGCUCUGUAGCCCUGGUACUAACGCCCCUCUUUCCCCAAGCUCUAGAAAGGGGCCACUGACAGAAACCUAGCUGAGAGAGGGCUGGCCAGAAGCCCCGUGAGACCUCAACUAACUCACCUCCCGCUCCUUUCUGCCCAGGCAUCCCCCACUCCCUAGACUCCCUACUUUCUGCCUCAGUGAGCACCCCCAAGUCUGGGAAGUGGGCCAGCUAGGGUAGUGAGGAUCCCAGAGGAGAACUACUUUAAGAUUCCUAAGGUCUGUGAUGGAAAAAUGAACAAGAAGUCCCAUUUCCCCACUUACA